AUGGAGUCCUCCCUCCUCCUCUCCUCCGCCCGCCCCCUCAAGCCCUCCCUCGUCGCGCCCUCCUCCUCCUCCUUCGCCCGUCGACGCUGCGCCUCCUUCGGCCCGAAGCUUCUGUUUCGACGCCUCCCCUCCCUGCCGCCGCGCGCCCGCCGGUGGAGCGUGGCGCCGCGCGCUGCGUCCGAGGCGUUCGACGGAAUUCAGAGCCAGGACAAGCCUCCCGGGGUCGGAGGCGGGGGCGCGCGCCGGAGAGCCUACCGCGAGGAGCAAGGGGAGCCCGUCGCCCGCCCCUUGGGUGCUGGAGCGGGGGGCAUCACUCGCUACAUCGUCCCGGCAGGGGCGUUGCUCGCGCUGAGCUUUGGGGAGCUGCUGGAGAUGCUCUUUGAGACUAGAGAAUCCCACGCCUCCACACGGUGUAGCAGCCAAUUUCCAAACAUAUUCAAGAUACUAGCUGGCGGAAAUAGGUUGAAGGCCAGAAAAAUAAUCUGCCAUAGGACAGUCAUUUGGAAGGUGGUUGAGAAUUUCCUCCCCCUAAAGAGAAAGGAUCAGAAUUCUGGAGAACCUAUGUCUUCUGGGGUCACGUGGUCCUUUGCUGCCGGCUCCAAUUUGUCAACAUCUACAAGCAUUAAAGCCCAAAAGGAGUCGAAGAAAAAUCUAAACAAGUUUUAUAAGGAACUUCGGACACUGAAAACCGUUAACAUGGCAGGCCGUCAAUUCGGGGAUGAGGGACUAUUCUUCCUAGCAGAAAGCUUAGCCUAUAACAAGAGUGCUGAAGAGGUGGACUUUUCGGGUAAUGCGAUAACAGCUGCGGGAAUAGAAGCUUUCGAUGGCAUUCUCCAGAUAAACACAGCUUUGAAGACUCUCAAUUUAUCUGGAAAUAUCAUUGGAGAUGAAGGAGCCAAGGGGGCAAAAGCAAUUUCAGAUCUGCUGAAAAAGAACAAAACAAUACGUAUUGUACAGCUUAGCAACAAUACAAUAGAAUACAGUGGUUUUGCAAGUAUUGCAGAUGCACUUCUUGAGAAUAAUACGCUACGGAGUUUGUAUCUCAAGUUAGUCGCUCACAAACCUAGUGCCUUUACCCGUGAUGCUACAACGAAUAUGCAUAUCAAGCUGUGGACAGUUGACAUUGUGUUUGAAUCGAUCUUACUAACUAAUUGUACACUCUAUUCGAUGUAUUCUAGUGGCAACUAUGGUGGUCCUCUCGGUGCAUCCAGCCUAGCAAAAGGAGUUGUAGGGAACAAAUCUCUCAGGGAACUUCAUUUACAUGGUAACGGAUUUGGGAACGAGGGAUUACGGGUGUUGAUGUCUGCAUUAUCUGCUCACAAAGGGAAGAUAACAGUCUUGGAUAUUGGUAACAACAACAUUACAUCAGAAGGUUCUCUCUAUGUAGCUGAGUUCAUCAAAGUGACAAAGUCUCUACGGUGGCUCAGCCUGUACAUGGAUGAUGUUGGUGACGAGGGAGCUGAAAAGGUGGCAGAUGCUCUGAAACAGAACAAAACAAUUUCUACAAUGGACUUUGGUGGUAAUAACAUUCACUCUCGAGGGGUAACUGCAAUAGCUGAAACUUUGAAGGAGAAUGAAGUGCUAACAACACUGGAGUUGAGUUAUAACCCAAUUGGACCAGAGGGGGUAAAGGCUUUGUGCGAUGUUCUCAAGUUCAACGGCAAACUCCAAACCCUUAAGCUUGGUUGGUGCCAGAUAGGUGUGUCAGGUGCAGAGUUCAUUGCUGAUUGUUUGAAGUAUAACACAACAUUGUCGACAUUGGAUUUGCGGGCAAAUGGACUUGGAGAUGAUGGUGCUAUCUGCUUGGCGCGAAGUUUGAAGAUAAUCAAUGAAUCCUUGAAAUCACUUGACCUUGGAUUUAAUGAGAUUAGAGAUGAUGGAGCAUUUGCAUUGGCACAAGCACUCAAGGCCAAUGAGGAUCUUGCAGUCACAUCAUUAAUGCUCGCAAACAACUUCUUUGGGAAAUUUGGACAGGUUAGUUUCCUUACCAGUUUCUCUGUUUAUGGUGGCACAUUUAAAGUUAGCUACUAUCCGAUGGUUCAGCUUGUCGGUGGAUGGCCUGCUUUCUGCAUAGUUGACUGUAAUUGA